UCUCUGCCACUAAUUGCUUUCAGCUAAGAUUAAACAAACCUGCUAAUCUUUGUCAAAAAGUGAGAUGCCAAUAAACUAAACAAAUGUUUCCGGCCCCUAUAAUAAUGUCCUCUCCCAUCUCCAAACAAACCAUCCCUACCUAUCUCUCUCUCUAAGAUGGAAAUGGACAGAGAAAGAGCCACUGUUCUCCCCAUUGUCUUGUUCUUAUUACUCUCAUGUUGCAGUGUCUACUCAUUGUCGGAAAAUCCGUUCACAGCCAAAGCUUCCGCAAUUAGGUAUUGGAACACACACAUUUCCAACAAAAUCCCUAAAUCCCCGUUCCUUCUAUCCAAAGCCUCGCCAUUAUCAUCGGUGGAAUCGGCGUUCUUCGCCAAGCUCGCCGCGGAAAACGCCCUCUCCGCCCACCUCGCCGCCUUCUGCGCCGCCGCGGACCUCUUCUGCCUCCACGAUGACUCGAAGGCGGCGGUAGGGGAAAACCACCGGAGCGACGCCGACUUUGCCUUCUACACCAACAAGCAGUUCGCCAACUACGGCGGCGCCCGCCUCGGCGGCGCGGAUCAGUUCAAGAACUACUCCGACGGCGCCAACUUCGCCACCGGCUCCUUCUCCCGCUACAGCCGCGGCUCGACCGGCCACCGUGAGGGCUUCACCAGCUACGCCGACGACGGCAACGUCGCCACCUCCAACUUCUCCUCCUACGCCUCCUCCGCCACCGGCGGCGGCGGCGAUUUCAAGGCCUACAUGCCGCGGGUCAACGUCCCCGACCUCCGCUUCGCGUCGUACGACGCCGACGCCAACGGCCACAAGCUCACAUUCUCGAGCUACGCCGACGACACCAACUCCGGCGACCAAGCAUUCACUAGCUACGCGAAAAACGGGAACAACGCACCGGUUGAUUUCACGCGCUACGGCGAGACGUCAAACGUCGUCGGAUCGACGUUCACUGGCUACGGCGAGCUGGCCAACUCGGCCAAUGAUUCAUUCAAGGCUUACACGAGCGACGCCAACAAUCCCUCCAAUAAUUUCAAGAAAUACGGCGGCGGCGGCAACGGCGGCACCGAUUCCUUCGUCGGCUACCGCGAUUCCGCCAACGCCGGUACCGAUUCGUUCCAAUCUUACGGCCGGGAUUCGAGCUCGGAAAAGACUAAUUUCUUGAAUUACGGCAAAUCGUUCAACGUCGGAACCGAUGUGUUCAAGGAGUAUGGAAAGGGGGCGUUGGAUCAAACUGUUGGGUUCAAGAUUUAUGGCGCCAACACCACAUUCAAAGAUUACGCUAAAAAGGGCGUCACAUUCGCCGGUUAUACUAAACCAGGAGCUAGCGACGGCGACGGCGAUUCGAAAACGGUCAGAAUUGUUCAAAAUGGGGUGGAAGAAGGGAAGUUCUUUAGGGAAAGCAUGUUGAAAAAAGGGAAAGUGAUGAAAAUGCCCAACAUUCGUGAUUGGAUGCCUAAAAGGUCGUUUCUACCCCGGGCCAUUUUGUCCAAAUUACCCUUGAUCUCAUCGGUAAACGAACUCAAACGAACUUUUAACGUUGGCGACAACUCCACUAUGGAGCGUGUGCUGGCAAACGCCCUGGCUGAAUGCGUGCGCGCGCCCAGCCCGGGCGAGACCAAACGGUGUGUCGCCUCGGUUGAGGACGUGAUCGACUUUGCGGUCUCGAUCUUGGGAAGCGACGUGGUGGUCCGGACGACCGAGACGGUGGAGGGGUCGGGGCGGGAGGUGAUGAUUGGGGAGGUGGAGGGAGUGAAUGGUGGGAGAGUGACGAAAUCGGUGUCUUGCCAUCAAAGCUUGUACCCAUACUUGCUUUACUAUUGCCACUCGGUGCCCAAAGUAAGAGUAUACGAAGCGGACAUCCUUGAAGUAGAGACUAAGGCAAGGAUCAAUCAUGGGACUGCCAUCUGUCACUUGGAUACAUCCACGUGGAGUCCACGUCACGGCGCUUUCGUGGCGCUAGGGUCCGAACCGGGAAAGAUCGAGGUCUGUCAUUGGAUUUUUGAGAACGACAUGACUUGGACUAUUGCGGAUUGAUUGGUUUUAUAUUUUUUGUGAACUUUGUGUGUUUGAGGAUAAUUGUGUUUGGACUUCUCCAUAUAGUGAACUUUUUGGACAUUUUUUA